GAACCGUUUAUGCGUGGAACAGCCACGACCGCCGAAUAGCGGUAAUUCAGCUUGGAAUCUGUAAUGAGCGACGGAUCCUCCGGGGCACCGUUGUCCCUCUCGCGCACCCUACUCCAUCUUGAAGUUCAUAGUUGUCAUCAAAGGGGAUGGUCUCAGAAUACGUCCCGACUUUCAACAGGCUCUUUCGGGAAGCCACAGCGUUGCGUCAAUUCCUCGAGAAUGAUGACGUUCAUUUGCUUCACCCCAGCGACCUCUCCUCCCAGCGUCUACUUAGGGUGAGCCCAGAGACAAUUGGGCGCCUGGAGUCCCUCGAGCAGGUAUCCAUCGAUCUCGCGAAGGUCCAGGAUAUAUUGCGGGUGUCACAAUCCUGCAUCCGGCUACGCAUUGCGCAGGUCAAGUCUUCCUUAACUCCUGUCAAUCUCAUCCCUGUAGAGAUCAUGCGGCAAAUGUUUAGCAAUUGCAUCACAGCCGUCGAUGAUUCUAAGGCGGUUCGCUCAACUGUGAUGGCCCUCUCUCAGGUUUCAACGCGCUGGCGAGAGAUUGCGAUUGGACAUAGCAGUCUCUGGUCAUUGUUGGAUCUUUCUUGGUCGGAUAGCCUCAUUUCACUAUGGAGAUCGCGCGCGGGCUCCCAGCGUCGGCUGGACGUUGUUAUGCAUUCACUUGACGACCAAAAGAGCAUUACUCCCGCUAACACCACCUCGAAGUGGAGGUCCCUCCAUUACGAGUUCCUUGCUAUGGGCCACGACACUCCGAAAUUAUUCCAUUCUCCAUUAUUUGAUGAUCGGCUGCACGGGUUAGAAAUGCUGAAUCUAGCUCCUAAUGGAGGUGACUGGGGCAUAGGAAGCACCUGUUUCGGGCAUAAACUCCCACAUCUCCAUACAUUACGCCUCAUGGGUCAGUUCCAUAUCGAGUUUAACUACGCUUCUCUUGGGAAACAGCUAGUGAAUCUUACCGUUUCAAGAUUGGACUAUCAGCAGUUGAAGGAGGUUUGCUGGUCGUGCAUUCGACUCGAACGGUUGUGUAUAUCGGUGUGGCGCUACAGUCCUUCAUCAAAGGACAAGACGGUCGUUAUGCCGAAGACACUCCGGAACUUGAUUAUUAUGAACACCGAGGCGUACAUUUUGGAUAGACUGUUCGAAGACAUCUCUGCGCCGGAUUUGACGAAGCUGAGCGUCUACUUACCAAAGGUGGAACAUUUCUCGAGGCGGUAUGAUAUAUCUAUUCAGCUCAUGGAAUCAUUUGUGAGCAGAAAAGAGUUCAAAGCCAUGAGUUUGGUGGAAACUGACGUCAUCCUUCUAUGGUAGUUCACCCAAGCCCCCAAAAUUGAGCAAUUAUCCGUCCUGAGUGACUUCCAAUUCACUCAUGAUGUGCUCACGUCCCUUGCCAGGG